UACGGACGACACGUAGAACGAAAUGUCACUCCCCGCGUAGUUGCUAAUGGAAUCACUUGUUCCAACAAUUGAUAAAUACAAAAAUAUUGUAUUUGUACAAGACAUUUUAAGAUAAUACAGUUUGAGAAGUAUGGCAUUGCCGAGUAAAGGUAUAUUUAUAAUUGGCGCGAAAAGGACGCCAUUUUGUGGUUAUGGCGGAGCACUGAGAGAUGUUACGGCUUCACAAAUGUUCGCUGCUGCUGCGAAGGACGCCAUUCGUACUUCCAAUAUUGAUCCCACGUCAAUAGACAAUACUAUUGUGGGGAAUGUUCACUUUUUAAGCCAAUGCGAUGGCGGUAAGACUCCAAGAUACUGCGGCAUAUACUCAGGAGUUCCCAUUGAAAGACCAGCGCUGGGCGUGAACAAAGCUUGCGGCUCUGGCUUGCAAACUGUUGUAAAUGCUGCAGUGGAUAUUAUAACAGGGUUGGCAAAGACAUCUUUGAUUGGCGGUACUGAACACAUGUCAUCGUUACCACACUUGGUCAGAAAUGUUCGAUUCGGCUCUGUCCUCGGCAUCUCAUACAAAUUUGAGGAUUAUAUCAAAAACCAGUUCCUGGAUAGUUACAGUGGGCUUACACUUGAGAAGUUAGCAGAAGAUUUAGCGAAGAAGUAUCAGAUUACGAGAGAAGAGAUUGACGAUUUUGCGUUGCAAAGUCAUUUAAAGUGGAAGGCAGCUCAAGAAGCAAACAUCUUCGAUAAAGAGCUGACAAAUAUGACGGUAACAAUGAAGAAAAAAGAAAUAACGGUGGAUAAAGAUGGAGUACCGCAGCCAAAUAUUAAUACAGAACAGCUGAGUCAAUUACCAGCUAUUCUGGAUGAUGGAUCGUUGAUCACAACUGGAAACUCUUCACCUCCAGCAGACGGUGCUGCUGCCUUGAUCAUAACUGGAGAAGAAUCUGUCGAGCGAAACAAGUUGCUACCUUUAGCUAGAGUUGCAGCGUGGUCUUGUGUAGGAACUGAUCCUUUAGAAACAGGCCUCGGAGCUGUGCCAGCUGUGAAGAGGUUACUAGAAGUCUCAGGUGUCGGUGUUAAUGAUGUGGAUAUAUUUGAGAUAAACGAAACGUUCUCAUCGCAAGCUCUGAUCAGUGCCAAACAGCUAAACAUAGAUCCCAAUAAGGUGAAUGUGAAUGGAGGUGCUGUGGCUCUUGGUAACCCAGUAGCAGCCACUGGUGCCAGGAUGGCCGUUCAUAUUGUUCAUGAAAUGAGCCGUCGUAAAUUGAAAAGAGCAGUUGCCGCGUCCAGCUGUGGCGGUGGGCAAGGCGUAGCUGUGAUGUUCGAAGCUGUAUGAUCAAAUUUAUAAAAGACAACGGUGUCAUUUCUGAGGUGCUAUUUCUCUAAACCUACCGCUUAAUCUAAUGUUUUAAUUUCAUAGUUUCGCGACAUUAUUAUUCCUUGGUUAAUUAUAAAUUAAUUUAACAGUAAUUUUGACUUAAAUGUAUUUUUUUUUAAUGGAUGAUAAUGGAAUGGUAACCCCGCCUGCGCCAACGGUAUACGCUGGCGGGGCACCAGUGAUAGAUGAUAGGUGAAGAUGAAAAGGCAGGUCAGUUAGCCCAUCGUGAUGAAUAUACUUGGAAUUCAGCACGAUGGUUUCCAGGGGGGACCACGGGGAGGUCGACCUGUUAGGGUAUAUUAUUAGCAAUGGAAUUGAUAAUCCGCAUUACUAACAAUCCCUUCUCCCCCACUACAUACAUAUACAUUUAGUAUUAGAAAUUUAAUUUAUUAUACUCAUUAGAACAAAAAUUUUGCUGUGAUAUCAAAUUGACAUUUUAAGUUUAAAGAAAAAACGUCUCAGAAUCAGUUGCAGUGUUAAUAAACAUACGAUAAAUGCAUAAUACGAAAACAAAAAAUAUAUAAAAAUUUCUCAGACGAGAGAUAAACAUUCUAAUAAAUAGAAAUCUGAUUAUUUUUAAUUUAUUUACUAUAAUUGAAUAAAAUCCUUAAUAUAAUAGAAUAAUUUAUA